AUGCCGCGCCUCACCUACGAUUCCAACAUCGCCAAGAUGGAGGACGUCAGCGAUCUCUCUGGCGAUGUCACCGUGGUGGACGUCUACGACAUAGCCUCGGACAUUGGCAAAGAAUGCGAGAAGAUAAUCGACCGCUACGGGGCCGAUGCGGUGACCGCUCUGAUGCCCAAAGUGAUCAACGCUCUGGAGUUGCUGGAGAGUCUGGCUACGCGGAACGAGCGGGAGAAUACCAUGCUCCAUGAGAUGCAAGCCAAGAUCUCACAGCUGGAGAACGACAAGCUCGAGAAGGCCGAAUACAGACACAAGUUUGAAAAGGAGUUGGAGAUUAUUGAAGAGCAGUGGCGAUCAGAAACUAAAGAACUGGUCACUCUGGUGGCCAAGUUGCAAGAAGACAACAGGAAACUGGCUAAAGACCAAAGCCCAAAUUAUGUUACUCCCACAGCUCCCACAGCUGAUAGUGAUAUUUUGCAAAGACUGAAAGAUUCUGUUGAGAAACAGAGAUAUGAGCUCAGGUUCAAAGAUAAACAGCUACAAGAAAAAAAUGUUGAUGUGGAUAAUCUGAAAACACAAGUGGAAAAAUUGACAAAUUCAAGUAGGGAGUUGAGAAGGAAACACAAAUCUAUGCAAUCCCAGGUACGCAUUCUUUGUGAUGAGAGAGCAGAUUUUCUGGUGCAGUUGCAAGACCAACAGAGAGACAUAUCUGCAUUGAGACAGAGACUAGGACUUGCCCAAAAGGAAAAUGAAGAUUUAUCAAUGACUGACCUUCCCAUACCCAGCAACAAAGCUGUGUUCGAUUUAGACGAUCCGAAUAGGCCGAGAUUCACGACGCAAGAGCUCAAAGACAUUCUUCACGAACGUAAUGAACUCAAAGCGAGGGUGAGCGACUUGGAAGACGAAUUAGAUACGUAUCGGCCCAAAAAUAAAGCAGAAACCUUGAAAAAAUUGUUUCCUUUGAUGGACAAAAUUGAAAUUGCUUGUGAAAAUUUGAUUGCCUCAAAUUCAAGCAAGCCUCCAACCCCACCUCGUUCUGAAAGUCCCCCCCUUGAUAUCGACGCCCCUGUACAAGGUCCUCUACCUUAUGAACCUGAUGAUGCACCUUGGAAGAGAUCCGAAUCUGGAAUAAGGAAGUUUUUUCGGAAGAUCUUUUCGGAAAGCAGUGAUGGAGGUGGUUUUCCUAAACGUAGUCUCUCCACACUGUCUAAGAUGGCUCUGUCAUCGACUAGCGACCCCAUACCUGUCUAA